ACGGAAGACGACCAAGUCCAGCCAGUUGGAGAUCCCCAGUUCCAGUCCCACGAGCAGAAGCUGAUGGAGUAUUUGGUUGGUAACUAUGACAGCAGCGUCAGGCCGGUCUUUGACUCCUUGUCACCGGUGGACGUCAGUCUAGGGCUGACCUUGACUCAAAUCCUGGACCUGGAUGAGAAGAACCAAGUUCUUACCACCAACGUUUGGCUAGAGGCGGCUUGGUAUGACGAGCGAUUAAACUGGUCAUCGACUGACUACGGUGGCCUGUACGCCAUUCGCAUCCCGUGUGAAAGAAUCUGGCUACCGGAUAUUGUUCUUUAUAACAGUGUGGACGACUAUACGUCCGGAUACAUGCCAACCCUGGCUAUGGUUUACAACACCAGCCGAGUCUUCUGGGGUCCAGUGAUUCGCUUCCGGUCUUCGUGCAAGAUCGAUAUCACCUUCUUCCCGUUCGACACGCAAGUCUGCAGGCUGAAGUUGGGCUCCUGGGCUUACACGGGGCUAGAGGUCAACGUCUGGAACAGUUCAAGCACCAUGGAUCUCUCCAACUUCGUGGACAACGGAGUUUGGCAACUACUGGGUGUGGCCGUACAACGGAACGUCGUGUUCUACAACUGCUGUAUUGAACCCUUCCCUGAUGUCACCUUCUCCGUUCAGUUACGUCGAAGAACCAAGUAUUACUUCAUGAAUAUUAUCAUACCUUGUAUAAUUCUCAGGUACGUUACUCACGUUCUCAUAACUCUUAUGUCUGCUCUCAUUUCUUUCUUUCUGUGCCUGGGCGGAUUUCUACUUCCUUCCGAGAGCGGGGAGAAGAUAACCCUGGGACUGAGCGUACUGCUGACGAUCACCGUCUUCAUGCUGAUGGUUGCCGACAAGAUGCCGCAGACCUCAGAGUCCAUCUCUGUCAUCAGUAUCUACCUGAUGGUUGUUUUGAGUACAAGUUGUCUGUCAGUUCUAUCGUCUGUCCUAGUCCUCAGCAUCCACCAUCAGCGAGGACGGCCCAGCCGCGCCCCGUUGUGGUUGAGAAAGUUAUGUUUUCAUCUCAUCACACCUGUCUUGUGCUUACGACGUCACCACCACGUCACUGAACCGGGAGAGAUCGUUAUCAAAACUGGCAAGCGCGACAUAGAUCAAAGAGAUUCCAGGUUUGAGAAGGGGAUGACGAUUGCCAGCAUCGAAGAGGAGUUUGAAUGCCAAAUGAUGAACCAUACAGCUGGCGGACAAGUUGCUUCUGACAGCUUGCCCAGUCAGGACAAAAGAAAGGGAAGCAAUCCUGUUCAUCAAGUGUAUGCAACUGCUCAACAUCAUCGCGGUAGCUACGGUCUGCACCAACAGCGGCCUAAGGCCACCUACAUACCUCUCAAACCGCAAAGGUGCUGUACGCCAAAGAGAAAACAACGCGUGUCACCACGAGAACACAAGUUUACAUACGAAAGCUGUGAGUCCAAUAAUCCUAGUGUAGGCCUCAACGAGGCUGUCAAUGCAGGCACACCUACACAGGAACACGAACCUGCACGGACAGAUGCUGCUCCUGCUGGCACUGUGGUCAGUCGAACCUACAACCUGGUCAUUCGUUAUCUGAUCAGCCUUAUCGAGACACGCCAGCAGAUGGAGAUGAGGGAUGAAGAGAUCUUCCAGGAGUGGCACGAUAUCGCAUAUGUGCUGGACCGGCUUCUGUUCUACGCAUUUUUUAUCAUUACGCUUUUGUCAACUAUCUGUAUUCUAGAAAUGAGGCCGCCGCCACAGACCAUAUAG